AUGAGACCGCCGGGUUUUCAGCCAACGGCAGCUGCCGCGGCCGACGUUUUGCCAGCUGCUCCUGAUGGACAGCAGGCCGACGAGGGCGAGGAGGAGGCUCGCCCGAGGGUGCUGAAGGCACCUCAUGAGCCCUCUCAGAGGGAGAUCGCCGAGCACGAGGCGAUGGGACACGCGACUUACCGCAGCUGGUGUCGCGUGUGUAUUGCGGCAAAGGGCCAAGGCCAGCCGCAUCUUCGCGCACCGGAGGACGACGAGACAGCGGUGCCGGUGGUCUCGUCCGACUACGCCUUCAUGGGCCAGGACGACGCGGACACCAUGCCGAUGCUGGUCCUUAGGGAUCGACGCUCGAGGAUGAUGGCAGCGACAUUCGUGGAGAAGAAGGGCGACGACGCCUACGCCAUCAAGUUCUUCGCACGCUUCCUACGGAUCCUGGGCUACAGGAAGAUAGUCAACAAGUCCGACGGAGAGCCAGCGAUCCUGCUGGUCAAGAGGCGUGCGGUGGAGGAGGUUCCUGGCCUCGAGGCCAUUCCCCAGGAAUCGGCACCGGCCGAUCAUCAGGCCAAUGGGGAGAUCGAGGUCACGGUGCGCGAGAUCAAGAAGCAGGUGCGAGCGCUCAAGAUGGACCUGGAGUCCAAGCUGGGCGUCAAGGUGGAGGACAAGCACCCGGUGCUAGCGCACCUGCCGGAGCACGCCGCAUCGGUAAUCAACCGAUAUCGGCGCGGCCAGGACGGCAAGACCGCUCUUCAGCGGCUCACGGGACGGCAGUGGAGGAAGCCGGUCCCGCUCUUCGGUGAGCGCCUGAUGGUGCGGUUCGCCGGGGAGCGCACGAGGAAGAACGCGCUGGAGGAGCAGAUGGUGGAGGCUCGCUACAUCGGCCACCACCCGCGCGACGGCUCGAUGAUGGUCAUCACGAGCGACGGUGUGAAGAAGGCGGUCGGCUUUCGCAGCCUGCCGCAGAGCGAGAAGUGGAUCACGGCGGGCUGGGACAGCCUGAAGGGCCUGCCGUGGGACGUGGCUCCGCGUGCGGCCAGCGCGCCGCGGGCCAUCGUCGGACCUGGAGAGGUCGGACCGCCACCAAUUGUGGUGGUGUCGCCGCAGCCGCAGGCGCCGAGGAGGAUGUACGUCCUCAAGGCGGACGUCGAGCGGCUGGGCGCAACGCCGGGAUGCCCAGGGUGCGUCUCGAUCGCCAAGCACGGCAAGGUGCUGGCUGGCCAUGCGCACAACGCGGUGUGCAGCAAGAGAAUCUUCGAAGCGCUGGACGCUGAGGAGGCAGGCCGGGAGAGGACCGGCCAGUAUCGAGAGCGGAGGCAGGGCCAAGAGGCCAGAGUCCGACCGGCGGCAGCGGCCGCGGCAGGGACCCCUCCGCCGAAGACGGCUCGGAGGAUCACCGAGCCGGUGGCAGCGGCGGCGUCGGCAUCGGCCGCGCCGGCCGCGAGCCGAUCGGCAGCAGCGCCAGCCGCAGCGGCGCGCAUGCGAGAGAGCCAGCCGGCAGCAUCAGGCUCCGGCGUGGCGGCUCCUUCAGGAGGAGCGAGCUCCAGUUCGGGAGCAGUGCGGGCGGCAGAGACCGCCGAGGAUGUCGACAUGACCGCGACCAGGUCGCGGCUGAAGCGCUUGGCGGAGGUGGCCCCGGAUGACGUGCCGGAGGCCCUCGAGCGCGGUGAUCCACAGCCGGCAGACGUGCCGGUACCGGUGGACAUGGAGGAUCUCGCGGCGCAGCCGGCGCCAGCGGAAGGACCUCAGCUGCCAGCUGGAGUGGCAGUCGUGUGGAACGCCAGUGAGGGGAGACACAUGCGGGUGCUCGCUCUCGACGUGGCGUCGAUCGAGCUGGUCGAGCUCGGAGUGCUGACGAGGGCGAAGGCGGAGUUGCUCCCGCUCGUUCGCGAACAGGUCAGCGGCCAUUGGGCCAGUGUCGGCGUGGACAUCGCCGACGAAGAGGUGGACAGCAUCGCCUUAUCGGCGUUGCAGCUGGGCGCCGUGGACGUGGCAGAGGUGCACUCGCCACAUCGGUUCUCUGCUCGGGCGGCGGAGUUUCAGCUGCGCCCGGGCUUCGCGGCGGACCUGGAGGAACUCAAGGAGGACGGGACGCCAUGGGACUUGCGGCGACCCGAGGAUGUCAAGGAGCUCGAGGAGCAGCAGGAGCGGAUGGAUCCCAUCCUGCUCACAUGGUCCCCUCCAUGCGAGAAGUUCAGCUUGCUGAGGGGCCUGAGCGCCAAGUUCAGGACCGAUGAGCAGGAGGCGGCUGAGAUGGAGGAGGCCAGACACCACCUGAAGGUGGCAGUCGACGCCUACUGGCGUCAGCUCAGGAAGCCAGGCAGGUACUUCCUGCAUGAGCAUCCCUGGAGCGCGCGAUCGUGGAAUGAGGACAUCGUCAAGGAGCUGGUCGCGCAUCCAGGAGUCUUCACGGUCAAAGGCCCCAUGUGUCGGUGGGGCAUGAAGCUCACGAACCCACGCAGUGGCCAGGAGGAGUUCGUGCGCAAGGAGACCGGAUGGGUCACCAACCACCCAGGCUUAGCCCGGAGGCUGCGGGGCACUUGCAGCAAUGUGGACGGCCGCGCGGAGUGGCAUCGCCACAUCACGCUCGUGGGCGGCAUCGCGCGGUUCGCGAAGGUCUAUCCACCGAAGUUGGUGGAGGCGGUGCUGGAGGAGCUCAAGGACACGCUGAAUGACGUGGGGGAGCUCAGCACCGCCCAGGUGCAGCAGUCGGGCCCAGUCCCUGUGGACGCGGCGGUGCCGCCCGGGGACUGGACGAGCUACUGGGACGACGUCAAUGGCGGCUACCUGGAGGCGGGCCUUGUGGCCCAGGCUCGCGCGGUCGAGCGCGAGUGGGUCAAGAAGCAGGAGCUGAUCGAGAUCGAGUCGCUUCGCAAGAAGGGCAGGAAGCCGGGCAACUUCAAGAUCGGCUUCUUCGACAUCAGCAGGGCGCACUUCUACGGGAAGGCGCAGCGGAGGAUCUUCGUGGAGCUGGAGGAGGAGAGUCGCAAGGAGUACGGCGAGGACAAGUGUGGCUUACUCCUCAAGUCCUGGUACGGCACGCAGGACGCCAGCAAGAUCUGGCAGGGCGACUACACGGAGCUGCUGGAGGAACACGGCUACAAGGCGGGCGUGUCAUGCCCAGCGGUCUUCUACAAGGAGGUGGACGAGACGAGGCUGCUGGGGCACGGCGACGACUUCGCGGUGCUGGCUCAGCAGCAGGACAUCGACAGCUUCGAGGCCACGUUGGGCAAGAAGUACGAGUUCAAGAAGACUGCGAACCUCGGCUUCGACGAGGGCGACGACAAGCAGGCGGUCUUCCUGAAUCGGGUCAUCGAAGUCAGUGCGGGAGUUCCGCCUGGCGGUGGCCGGCCCUGCCGGCAUGCGAUGAUUGAGCCGGACAAGCGGCACGCAGAGAUCGUGAUCGACGAGCUGGGUCUCAGCAAGGCCAACGGCGUGGACACGCCGAUGGAGAAGCGCAGCGCCGACAAGCAGAUGAUGGACGCGAAGUCGGCGGCGCUGGGAGCGGCGGAAGCUUCGCGCUUCCGAUCCCUCACCAUGAGGGUGGCCUACCUGUCUCAGGACAGGCUGGACCUGGCAGAGGCAUCGAAGACGCUCGCUAGGUCCAUGCAGACGCCGACGGAGGCGAGUUGGCUCAUGCUCAAGAGGGUUGGUCGCUACCUCAAGCGGCAUCCCAGUACGGUGACGGUUUUCACGGAGCAGAAGAUGUUCGACAAGAUCCGGGUGUACGUGGACUCCGAUCAUGCGGGCUGCGCAGUCACUCGGAAAAGCACCGGAGGCUUCGUGGCGAUGCUGGGGCAUCACGUCAUCAAGCACGGCAGUAAUCUUCAGUCGACGGUCUCUCUGAGCAGUGGAGAGAGCGAGUACUACGCCCUGGUGAAGGGCGGGAGUGUGGGCCUGGGUCUACACAGCCUCUUCGCAGACUGGGGGCUGGACCUGAAGGUGGAGCUCGCCUCAGAUUCAUCGGCGGCCCGGGGCCACGUCCAACGGCGAGGUCUCGGGAAGAUGCGACAUGUUCAAUCACGAUACCUGUGGAUCCAGGAGCGCGUGGGUAAGGGCGAUCUCUCGAUCGCCGCAGUUCCUGGUAAGAACAAUGUCGCGGACGUGCUGACCAAGAGCGCAAAGGUCGACUGCGCGGAGGGCGAUCCGCUAUCUUGGGAGGUCUCCAAGAAGGUCACUUGCUGCUUGCAGGCAGGCAGAGGGUGCCCUACGACGCCGCCGCCGCCUCCCCCGCCCCCGCCCCCCCCGCCGGUUCCCGUGGCUCCGCCGCCGCCCCCUCCGCCGCCCCCGCCUCCGGCGGUUCCUGUGGCGCUGCCCCCGCCGCCGCCGGCUCCGGUGGCGCCGCCCCCGCCGCCGCUGGCUCCUGUGGCGCCGUCCGAGCCUUACGACUGCGGCGCCGGCUAUUCGAAUUGGGAAGCGGGGUGGUCUGCGGACAAGAAAUGCUGGUGCUGCUCCAACAAGCACAUCGGCUGCGUGGAGAUGCCAUCUAAGCCAUACGACUGCGCGGCUGGGUAUUCGAAUUGGCAGGCGGGAUGGUCCGAAGACAAGAAGGCGUGGUGCUGUGACAACGAGCAGAGGGGGUGCCCAGAGACGUCGUCCGAGCCCUAUGAUUGCAACGCUGGGUACUCGAAUUGGGAAGCUGGCUGGUCUCAGGACAAGAAGGAGUGGUGUUGUGCGAGCAAGCAGAUGGGUUGCCCACAAGUUCCAUCCAAUCCUUAUGAUUGUGACGCAGGUUAUUCCAACUGGGAGGCUGGAUGGAGCGAGGACAAAAAGGGAUGGUGUUGCACCAACGAGAAGAAGGGUUGCCCGCAGUGA